ACAUCACAACAUAACGUCACGAACUUGCCUGGCCAGAACAAGUAUGGGUGAUGCUGCGCAGAUAACGACUUCCCUCCAACACGAACUCAGACAUUAAUACAGACAGACAGGAUCCCUGUUAGAUUUUGACAACGCUAGGCGUUUCCAAACACUGCAGGGCUUGAAGAGGUCUGUGUCUCCGUGGAUCAUCGACAACAGCAGAUCCCCAGAGCCCAGCGCGACAAACCUUGGACUUGAAGGAGCACAAAGCAGGACAGUCAACAUGAGCAGAUGUCUGAUUAGCAAGUUGGAGGUGGAAGGGUUCAUCGAGAGGUGUAUGACAGGCGUGGGCACAAAGCCGCAUCAUGCCCGCAGCCUGGCCGAGGUACUGGUGGAGGGAGACCACAGAGGACACUACAGCCAUGGACUCAACAGGAUGGACAUGUAUGUAAAGGACAUCCAGUCAGGAAUCUGUGCCAAGGACGGUGAGCCGGUGGUGGAGAAGGAGAGUGCAGCCACAGCACUGGUGGAUGGGAAGAACCUCCUGGGUCCUGUGGUGGGAAACUUCUGCAUGAAACUGGCCAUUAAGAAGGCAAAAGAAGCUGGCAUUGGCUGGGUGGUGGCACACGGUUCCAACCACUACGGUAUUGCAGGAUACUACUCAAUGCAAGCUCUGAAGGAAAACAUGAUUGGCAUGUCAUUUACCAACACGUCCCCACUGGUGGUUCCCACACGUGGUAAAGAGUGCACUUUGGGCACCAACCCAAUCAGCGUGGCAGCUCCUGCUAAAGACGGAGACAGCUUUGUUCUGGAUAUGGCCACAUCAGCAGUAGCAAUUGGAAAGGUGGAGCUCUAUGAACGGCGUGGAGACCCCAUCCCUGAGGGCUGGGGCUGUGACGCCCAGGGCAAGCUCACCACCGACCCUAAGAGAGUUCUGAGCGGAGGAGGACUGGUGCCCAUCGGCGGCAGUGAAGCCACAGGAGGGUACAAAGGCUACGGUCUGGGAAUGAUGGUGGAGGUGUUCUGUGGUAUCUUGGCUGGUGCCCAGUACAGCAAUCAUGUCCGCACGUGGAAAGUAACGGACCGGGUUGCCAACCUGGGUCAGUGUUUUGUUGCAAUCAACCCAGAGAACUUUGCUCCCGGGUUUGCCGACAGGAUGUCAGACCUGCUGUCCAUCCAGAGAGGGAUGGACCCUGCUGACCCAAACACUCCUGUUUUGGCUGCUGGAGAUCCAGAGAGGAUGAACAUAAAGAAGUGUGAGGAGAUGGGCGGGAUCCCCUACCACAUCAAUGUCGUCAACUACAUGAAUGAAUGUGCCAAGAGAGUUGGUGUUAGCCCACUGCUGCCUUGUAACAAUCUUGUCUCCAAUUAGUUGGUGAAGUCAAGAUUCUCAGCAUUGGAAAUCUGGAACUUCUGCUUAUUUUGAAGUUCACAUUGAGCUAUUUAGGAAUGCAACUUUGUUUAGGGACAAAUACAAUAAUACAUACAACAAAUACAUAAUAUUGUAUUCAUUUUAGCCAGCCUUGUCAGGUGUAAUCAGGUUUUUUGAUGAUCAUCCAAACAGAUUAAUAAAUCAUCUUUUAUUAUAUGCAGCUUUUAUUAUACAGACACAGUACCGGGAAUACAUGCAUAGAGACAGGAAAACGCACACAAAGCAUCUCAACAGAAUGCAUCCAACAUUAUGAGUUCCAUAUGUUAAAUGUCUUCAUCAUAAUACCUGGUAAAAA